GAGCUUCAUGCUGAAGUGUGCUAUGCCGAAUGCCUCCUCCAGAGAGCAGCACUCACUUUCCUUCAGGAUGAAAAUAUGAUCAGCUUCAUAAAGGGAGGAAUGAAAGUGAGAAACAGCUAUCAAAUAUACAAGGAGCUUCAUACGAUCCUGAAAUCCUCAGGUUAUGUUCAAGGUGACAAUCAUGGUCAUUUUGAGGGAGGUGUUAAACUCGGCAUCGGGGCCUUUAACCUGAUGCUGUCGUUGUUGCCAACGCGGACUCUCAGAUUGUUGGAAUUUGUGGGCUUUUCUGGUAACAAAGAGUUUGGUCUUGAGCAGCUCCAGGAGGGCUGUUCUGAGCACACGUUUAGGUCUUUCCUGUGUAACAUGUUGUUGCUUUGCUACCACACCUUCAUGAGCUUCAUUCUGGGCACUGGAGAGGGGGAUGUGGAAGAUGCAGAAAAACUGCUUCAGCCUUAUCUGAAAAAGUAUCCGAAGGGAUCCAUUUUCCUGUUCUUCGCUGGUCGAAUAGAGGAAAUUAAAGGAAAUCUGGAUGCUGCUAUCAAGCGUUUUGAGGAGUGUUGUGAAGCUCAGCAGGACUGGAAACAGUUCCAUCACAUGUGUUACUGGGAGCUGAUGUGGUGCUUCACCUACAAAAGGCACUGGAAGAUGGCCUACUUCUACGCAGACCUGCUCAGUAAAGAAAACAACUGGUCUAAGGUGAAAGGCUGAAAUACACGGUUGACUGGAGGUUGUUUGUGUAAAAAAUGGCUGUUCCCGCCAUUCAGAAUUGAAUAAUUAGUUUAUCUUUGAAUUAGAAAACAUGAAGUAGAAAUUGAAUUGAAAUAUGAAUUAAAGAAUUAAAAG